UCUCUUCCCUCACCUCGUUGUCUACUUAUAACUUUGCUUUCCUCAUCCCUUCAUCCAUCCAAAUACGUUAUCAUGACAGAACACAGUAGCAGCAGCAGCAACAACAACAACAUUUGGUCAGCAAUAUUAAAAACGGCAUCUUCUUCCAAACGAUUGAAAACGAAAAACGUUCUCAUCCUAGGCGACAGCAGUUCUGGCAAAUCCACCUUGGCGCACUAUCUGAAACAUCAACGUAAAAUCAAAGUCGACAACCAGCGACACGAUGAUGACGCAUCGCAGCAAGCGGCAGUAGAACAAGAACAGCAGCAUCAAGCCGGCUCAUUUAUCCGCACUGUGGCUAGCGGUGGUUACGUCAAAUCUGUCAAACAAGAUCUCGAUGCUGAAACGACUAAAAUACUCGGUGUUGGAUAUACGUCAGCCCUUGUAUACGAUGAACAAGAUGAAGCUAUUCUGCGCCUCGGAUUAUAUCAAUUGGGUCACGAGCAGCUGCUCCCGUUACUGGAUCCGGUAUUAACGGACGACAAUUUUUUUGGCAUAAUCGUACUCGAUUGGACGAAACCAUGGACGUUUCUGGAAUCUUUCCAACGUUGGAUAUCCGUUUUGGAACAAUGGUCGAGCAAAGUAGCUACAAAGGAAUCAAAAGCUCGAGUUGAAAAAUACCUGCAAACAUAUGAUCGAUCAAAUGAUGAUAACAACAAUGCCGACUUUACCACUAGCUCCACAGCCACAGGCGCUGUUGAUGCGGACGUACAUGCAGACAUGAGCACUUUAACAGUCAAUCUCGGAAUCCCUGUCGCUGUGGUAUGCUGCAAGAGUGAUGCUCAAAAGAUGUUAGAGGAAAAAUACGGGUAUGAUGAGGCACAGCUUGACUAUAUACAGCAAACUCUGCGAUGUGUCUGCUUAAAAUAUGGUGCGGCGCUCUUUUACACAUCAACGUUUCAUCCAUCGACGUUUGAAGACCUGCGACAAUACAUUGCUUAUCGGAAUGAUCCGGAUUCUUACUAUCAAACCAACAACAGUAACAAUAGCAACGUCAGCAAUACAAAUAAUACAAUACCUCCAAGCUUACGACCCCAUUUUGUCGAGUCCACGUGCGUACGAAUACCUGCUGGAUGGGAUACCUGGAACAAAAUCAAGGCACUGGAAGAAACCUACGAGUGCGACGAGAUGGAUAAAGCAUGGGACGAUCAUGGUGAUUCAGGCAAAGACAAAGCAAAGUCAAUCUAUCAUGAGGCCGUACCAGAGCCCAUGCAUGAAAGUCAAGAUAAUGGAAUACAGCCAGCUGUCACCAGCGAGGAUGAGCAAACACUUUAUGCACGCUAUUUCCAGCCAUCAGCGGCGGAAAAACGUCCCCCACCGCCACCGCCACUUUCUACAACAUUCUUCCGAGAAUGGACGCAACAAAAUCCAAAAACAGCAUCAGCAUUAACGAUAUCUACUGCUUCGCCGAAAGAAAAUGGAUAUUAUGCGUCAUUGCCAUCCUCUCCACGUCGGCUUACAAGUACAGAAACUUCGACGGCGAUGGCGAACGGCAUCAAAUCACACGGUAAAACGCCUACUGCUACUGCUCCUCCUGUUUCUAUAUAUACCACGACAACGACGGCCACCACUACUACAACUGCAACCAGCACAGUUGGAGGUUCUAUUCCAGGAAACAUUAAUACCACCUCUUUGACGGGAUAUUCUUCCAGUAGUAACAACAGUAGCGAUGUGGCAGCAGCUGCAACAUCAAUCACACCGACAACACCACCGUCAUCAGAAAUCCUCAGCCAGUUUUUCCAGAAACUGCUGUACAAGAAUAUGGAAUCCACUGCUGUAGCUGCUAGCACCAGCAGUGACGAUAGGAGGGGAUCGCGAUCGUCUGUUGACACUACAGCUACUGGCAUCCAUAAUCGCCCACCACCACCGUCCUGUGUAAAUAGUACUUAAUGCCUGCUACUGUUACCCCCUGGUUUGCUAAAUUAUCUCAAUAUAAAACAUCGGCACAGAAUACUUAUUUGGCCUUAAAAGCGUUAUGUAUCUCAUCGUCUCUAGCAAGAACAGUAAACAGGAAUCAUUAAAGGCCGUAAGCCAAACCAUAUCAACAUUUAUGUUAUAUGAUGGUCUUUUUACUAGAUUUGGUCAUUUCCAAGUCAAAAAAUUGUUACCUGUUUUACGACAUCAAUG